ACAACGCCAGUUGACUCAAUGACAGACUUUGUGAUACAGCGCGCAGGAAACCGGAGGACCCGGAGAAAACCCACGAGGUUAGACAGGCGACCCUACUCCUUGUCACGUUUGGGUUAUUUUGGACAAUUUAUCUAAUGGAUAUAAUUGGAUGAAUCCUGGAGAGCAGCUAUUUGUUUCCAAGCUCGUGUUCGGAUCUUCGAUUUAAUACUAAAAGCUGUGUGGAUUCUUUAUAGGACCAAGUGAUUACCACCAACUAAAUAAUUAAAUGAUUACUUCGCGGGGGUGUUUACAGAAACACUGAAAGCAUUGUCAUCUUUUUUUUUCUGUCGUGGCUAGAGUGCAUUAUUGACGCAGGACAGAAGUAAACAUAAACGAAUCGAAUUACUUUUCUGCAACAGAACCUAUUUAAAUGCAAGUUACUUGAAAUUAAUCUAAGGAAAUUAUAAACCGUCGGCAAGGAUUAUAUUACAAGCUACUUGAAAUUAUUCUAAGGAAAUUAUAAACCUUCAGCAAGGAUUAUAUUGCAUUCGAGACAAAGCCUUUGAAAUCGAGAAAUAUUUUGUUAUCAACUAAAAAUAAUUGAAUAGUGGCAACGCGCGUGGCUGUGGUUGUGCAUGUUAUGGACGUUUGCGUGUGAAAUACUGGUAUUUUCUGUAGUGGUAAUAUAGACUUAUAUUAUAAUGACUUUGCUGGAUUACUGAUGAUAUUGGUGAUUAUUGAACUGAAUUUAGAAGAAUAACGUAUAAUUUAUAAGACGGUGUUUGUCGCGAUGAGAGAGAAGUUAUUCAACAUGGAUUAUGUGGCCGUAUCUAGCUUGUUGAUUUCACUAAUCUGUGUUACACAAGUUUCCUGUUACUGUAAUGUUGAUGAAUACAGGUGUCCUAAUGGUACGUGUAUACCUUGGUCUAACGUACAAAAUGGUGUCAAUGAUUGUUUUGAUGGCAAAUACGACGAAACCGGACCAUUUUGUACUAAGGCACAGUUACAGUGCGCUAACGGUAAUUGUUUACUACGUGAUAUGUUUCAAAAUGGCGUUGAUGAUUGUGGCGACAACUCAGAUGAAGUAUCAAAACCGUGUAAAUUAGGAGCGUUUUCUUGUAGCAGUGGUAAAUGUGUGAGCAGUACUUGGGUUUUAGAUUCAGUUGAUGAUUGUGGUGAUGGCUCUGAUGAAGCUAAACGUAUAAAUACUACAUGUAAUGAUGCUCACUGCUGUCCUUGUCAGAAUUACGUCACAAAUUCUAAAUGUCAAGAGGGCACGUGUCAAUGUAUUUCCGGUUUUUAUUCUGACCAAUCAGGAAUCGCUUGCACUAGACGUAAGUUCGAUGAUAAAUGUAAUGAGAAUACAGAUUGUUCUAGCGCCUUUACACAUGGUGUAUGUGUCGAAGGUCAAGGAACCUGUGGAUGUGAAACUGGUUAUUACAGAUUUGAUAAUUUAACUGGCUGUUCACAACGUAAAAUUGGUGAUAACACGUGCAAGAUAGACAGUGAUUGUGAAUCGGUUAUCAAUGAUAGUCUCUGUGUUGAUGGUAUCUGUACUUGUCAACUGGGACUACAUCCGUCAGAUGAUAAAACAAAGUGUAAUAAACGUAAAAUUGGUGACAACACCUGUAAAGUGAACGUAGAUUGUUCAGAAGCUGUUGCCAAUAGUAACUGUACUAAUGGUGUCUGUUAUUGUGAUUCUGGUUUUUAUCCAUCACAGAAUAUGUCGCAUUGUUUUCAAUAUAAAUUAGCUGAAGGAACAUGCUACUUAGAUACAGACUGUUCAGAUGCUAUACCAGACAGUUUCUGUUAUAAUGAUACGUGCGGCUGUCUAUCCGGUUAUAUAGGUCUUCAUGGUACCACUUGUCGUUUACGUUCAGUCGGCGAUGCUUGUACCAUUAAGACGGACUGUAGCGACGCUGUAGCUAACAGUACUUGCACUCCUUACGGUUGUGAUUGUGAAGCCGGAUUCUAUUUUACCGAUGCAGAAGAAGCCUGUGUUCUCAGAAAGAUAGACGAUUUCUGCAUUUAUGAAAUAGAUUGUGUUAUGGCGGUUGAUAACAGCACAUGCUCGUCUGGUAAAUGUAUUUGCGUGUCAGGGUUCCGAAGCGCAGACGGUGGUCACAGUUGCGUACAACGGACUAUAAACGAUGCUUGCAGCGAACACGCGGACUGUUCUGACUCCAUUGCGAAUUCCGUUUGUACUGGAAAUCUUUGUGUUUGUAAAUCUGGGUUUAUAGAAAAUGCACAUGGUACAUCUUGUAUCAAGCGUCGGUUGGGUCACAAGUGCGAAGUCCAUGCCGAUUGUUACGACGCCAUUGACGAGAGUUACUGCUUUAAUUCUGCUUGUCGAUGCAAUUCGGGUUUGUACAACAGCCCGAAUAAUGCCUCCUGUAUCCGACGCGUUAUCGGCGACAACAACUGCGAAAAAGACCGAGAUUGUAGUGACGCAGUGUUUGAUAGCCACUGUUUGAAUGGCGUCUGCUUGUGUUUACCGGGCUUCCGAGUAAUAAACAAUAACACCGAAUGCAUCAAGAGACAGAUCGGUGACCCGUGUUCAUCGACAACCGAUUGUUCAAGCGCGAUCUCAAAGAGCACUUGUUCUAGUGGAACAUGUUCCUGCAUCACUGGACACUUCAUACGCGACAGUUCGAAGAUAUACAAUUGUACGAGACGGAUGUUGGACGAUGUUUGCGCAAACAAUCUGGAUUGUGUAUCAUCAAUCGAACUUAGUUUUUGUGACAAGAAUAAAUGUAAUUGUGAAAGGGGUUUCUAUCACUCUGCAGACAAACUGGAAUGCAUGAAACGCAGGAUUUCGGACUUGUGUCUUACUGAUGCUGACUGUUCCGCGGCCGUGGAAAACAGCCAGUGUUCAAACGGGCGAUGCUAUUGUAAUCGUGGGUAUCUAACGUCCUCGGAUUUCCGAACAUGUUCGCGAGUACGAGUCAAUGACUAUUGUUCGGUUACCACAGACUGUACUGCAUCCAUUAUCAACAGUGUUUGCACCAAUGACACAUGCCUUUGUCAGAAGGGAUACAAAGCAACAUCUGACGGCAGUGUGUGUAUCAAACGUAAAAUCGGGGACCGGACGUGUUUGGACGAUCUUGAUUGCAGUGCUGCAGUGGCAAACAGUUCAUGUUCCUCGGGCGUCUGUAAAUGUGUGAUAGGGUUUCUGGCAAGUACCUCCCUGGAUUCCUGUUCACGACGGAACAUAACGGACAAAUGUUUUGACGAUUUGGACUGUGCGGCAGCUAUUCCGGACAGCGUUUGUGACCGUGAUAGAUGCGCGUGUAUCACUGGUUUCAAGAAUACUAGAGACAACACCAAGUGCUCUCCCCGAAUGAUCGGUGAUUCCUGCCUUUUUCACGCCCACUGUCAAGCAGUGAUAGAUGAUAGUAUUUGUAAGAACGCCGUCACCUGUCAGUGUAAAUCUGGUUUUGUAGCUUCUAGAGACAACUCCAAGUGUCUACCCAGAGUUAUUGGAGACGAGUGUGACAGGACGAGUGAUUGUUGGGAUUCUGUAACGAACAGUACAUGCACGAACAACACCUGUUACUGUCUUCCGGGAUUUCAAGUUAAUGCCGACAAAACCACGUGUACUAAACGUAUAAUUGGUAGUUCCUGUGGUAUGGACAACGACUGCGCGGCCGCCAUUAUCAACAGUAGAUGUGGUAACGGCGCUUGUAUUUGUGGCUCAGGUUUUGCUGCCAGGGAAAACAAUACGGCUUGUAUACAGCGUACCAUUGGUGACCCGUGUGACGUCAUACCAGAUUGUGCCAAUGCUAUAAUCAACAGCUUAUGUUCCAAUAGCACGUGCAGUUGCCCUCUUGGGUUCCAUUUUAAUCCCCAAGACCCGGUACGCUCCUGUAACCUUCGUCGUAUCUUUGAUCGGACUUGUAUUACCAAUGAGGAUUGCAGCGCAUCUGUUAACGCCAGUACAUGUGUCAGCGGACAGUGUUUAUGUGAUCCCGGUUACCAUCCAAACGGAGACCGAGAUACUUGCACCAUGAGGCGGGUCGGAGACGCAACAUGCCUAAGAGAUAGCGACUGCAGUCACGCUAUAGACAACAGCCACUGCGACAACGGUACAUGUUUAUGUUUGCCUGGUUACCAUCCCUAUAACAACAAUACUAUUUGUUUGAAGAGGAAGAUUCACGAUAGAACUUGUGAGUUUGACCACCAUUGUACCGCUGCUGUGGAUAAAAGUUAUUGUGGAACAGAUGAAGAGAGUAAGCUAUGUUUAUGUGUGUCCGGGUUCAUGGCCGUAAACAGAAACACUACCUGUCAAAAACGUAAAUUAGGCGAUGUUUGCAGUAAACACCUGGAUUGUGAAGAUGCUGUCAUUAAUAGUGUUUGUCAUAACAACAUGUGCAGAUGCAACUCGGGAUUUGAUGCCUUCCAUGACAAUACAGAAUGUGUCAAACGUCCACAGUUUCUAGGUGAGAGAUGUUACUUCACACAACAAUGUCAACACAUCAACGCUGACACCUUCUGCGGUCCCGACUACACGUGUGAUUGUCCCAAAGAAAGAUUUGAGUCACGUGACAAAACCACGUGUCAUAAGUUACCAGAUAAACUGGAUGAGUUAUGUCAUGAUCCUAAACAUUGUAUAAAAAUAGCCAACAGUACAUGUGAUGAUGAUUCCUGUGUUUGUCCACCAGGAUUCUAUAACGAUAAACAAGAUACCAUUUGUCAACAGUUUGCUGUUUUGGUAGAAGAUAGAUGUCUUAUUAACGAACAUUGUAGAAACAUCAACAACACAGAGUGCUCGGAUAACCAGACGUGUUCCUGUCAAUAUGGUUUUAUAGCAUCUACAAACUUAACAACAUGUCUUCCACGUGCGACGUUACCACCUUAUAUAUUACCACAUGAAGGUGUUCCUGUACCAUGUGAUACCAGUAAAUCUAAUGUAUGUGGUAUUAAACAACAUUGUGUACCACUAGAGGGCGACACGGGUACCGUGGGUUAUUGUAAAUGUAUUCCAGGAUAUGCUGCUCGACAUUUAGACCAUCUAUGUUUAGAUGUUCAAACCUACAGACUGGAUAUUAAUUUUACGACAAAAGGAGGUCAAUUCGAUUACCUCCCUUUAAUAUACGAUGUUUUGUUCUCGGACGUACAGUCCCCACAAUAUAACGAUAUGAAUGAUAGAAUAACACUUUCAGGGGUAAAUGGUAUCGUUAUAAAAGAUUCAUCAGUAUUUGAUGUGGAAACAGCACCUGAAGCAAUGGAGAUUUCCUAG